AUGAAACCUAAUAAGUUCCUGGACACACUAAAAGCAAAAUACAAUGUCGAGAGAAUCCCAGACGGUACAUACGUUGUCUCAAAUGGAGAUAGACGUGUGAAAAUCCAUGAGUCCGAGCUAUGCGACCAGCUCUGCAUAAACAGGAUCUUCGAUUUGUUGGGCUCCCCUUUGGCCGGCUUCAGAAACGUCGGGAGAGAUGAUCUGUUUCCAGACACCGAGGAAAUUAGUGUUCUCAGAACAGUCAGAAAACAUCCAAGAGGAUCUCUGGCGGACCCAAGCAUCUUUCGCUUGCCUUCUGGACGACCUUCUGAGGACGAGGAUACAGACCCGUUGAUCAACAUAGAUCCUAUAACACCCUCAAGAAACAGGAAGGACAGUUUUGAGCCAGACCCCGACCACUACAAGCCAGACAAGAACUCCCGGUUUCCUCCUUAUUAA